ACAAAAUUGGAUGAGAGCUUCUUUUCUCUUUCUAUCUCAUAUACAUUAAAUACAAAAAGGUCAUAAUAUUCAAGCAAUAGGCCACCAACACCGCCGCCCUGUCUGCUCGAUACCGAUGGCCUUUGUUUUGGCCGAUAGCUCAUAAUGGUUCUAGCAACUAUAGCUAGAUCUAUUUGGUUUCCAUGAACAGGCAAGCAAACUAUUUGGCCAUCAGGGAUACCGCUAUAUUUUUUUUUUUGUUGUUGUUGAUAGAUUCCUGUUUUUCUUUUUCCAUUUCUUGUCUUUCACUCAUCACAAAUCGUGUGUGUGUGUGUGUGUGUGUAUGUUUCUGGGAAGCGAAACGACGGCCACGACUAUUAAACGAUGAUGAUGAUUAUAAUAAGGAUGCUAUACUUCGUCAGUAUAGAGUGAUAGUGUAUGUUGUAUGGAAGCGGGCUCCAUUCCUGAUACUCUCUGCAAUAACAACGUUCAAUCACAUUCGCCGAUAUAUUCACCCAAAAUUGAGUCCCUCUGUCUCUCUUUGUGUUUGUGUGUGUGUGUAAAUGAUUUUAUGCAUCAUUCUUCUUCAGUCUUACCCUGUUGUAGCUGAUUUUUUUGGUUCAGUUCAGCUAUCGCGCCUUUAGGGUUCUAAUUUGUACGCCCGUAUUUCUAUAUGGCCCUCAGCCUGUAUAUGAUGUGCAUCCAUGAAUCCUAUUCUCUCAUUUAUAAGCCUAGUGAUGAACUAAAUUCUCUUUCUCUUGUUCUUUUCCAUCAUCACAUAUACAGAAGCAUAAAGAAGAAGAAUAACCAGAAGCGAACCAUUAUUUGCUGAAUAUCCCUAUGUAUGGAUCGAAUAAUCUGAAUCAUUUGAACUCACUGGAUUCACUUCAACUCAUCACUUAUGAAUCAAUUUUGUUUGUUGUGUUUGUUAUAGAAUCCUCACUAUUAACUUUAAUCGAUCAAAUUAAUUCCGAAACAAACAUAUUUUGUUUAAACAUAAAAACAAAUAAUAAAAAUCACAAACUAAAGUUCAACAUUCAUCGACAUUGACAUUUGAAUUUAUAUAUUUUAGAUUCUGUUGGAUAUAUUCAUCUCUUGGUGCAUGUUAGUAUUUAAUUUUUUCUGACAUUUCGCUUAAUUGAAGAUUCGUUUGUGAUGAUUUGAAACCUAUAAAUUUAUUGAUAAUAAACAAAAAAAAAAAAUGAUUCUUGAAAACAUACGAUUAUAUCCAAGUAAAUGUUACUCGACAUGAGUCAUCAUACUACUAUCACUAAUGAUCAUCAUCACGAUUGCAAUUCUACUUUUUUUGAGAUUCCAUCAUAUAUAUUCUAUUUAUUACAAUAAGUGAUCUCUUUGUCAUUUAAUUUUUUCCCGUUCUCUCAAACGAAUCAAAAAUGUCAUCCACACAACAACACCAACAACAAAUGCAGUCACAAUCAGUGAGUGAAAUGUAUUUCGUCACAGUUGCUAAAAUCGAAGAAUUCCUCGAAAAUCUUACCAUAAUGAUUACCAAUCAAUUGUCGCUGAAUGAUCCAUCAUUAACAGUGACCACACAUGAAAGCCUAUACAAUAUGUCUAUUGUUGCCGAAUGGUUCCAUUCGAUACCACAUGUUGACAUAAAAUUACGGCCACUGCCAGCCAACAUAACAUUCGAUCCAAACGAUAAUGAAUAUUUAGAAUCAUUGGGAAUAUUGGUAGCCAUACCUGGAUUUUGGCUCAUACUUACAUUGAUAUUUUUUCUCAUAUUCUUCCUUUGUCGCUGUUGUGAUGGACCGAAUUCUGGUUCGAAACAACAACAAAAACAAUUCCAUCAGCAAGCAACUUUAGUGAGUAAAACACCAAAACCAAAACGAUUGACCGGAUGUAAAAUAUGUUUGGCAUUGUUGGCCAUUAUUGCCGGUUUGGCGAUAACCAUUAGUCUGUUAGGCUCCAUAAUCGUACAUCGUGGUAUGGUACAAUUGGGCAAUUCGACAGCCGACAUAGCUAAUGUCAUCGAAACGGUGCAGAAUGAUACUCGUACCGCCGCAUAUUAUCUCCAUGAUGAAAUUGAUGUCAAUAUUGAAUCGUUAAAAGGUGCUGUCGAAAAGAUGCUAGUCAAAGACGUAGCAGUCAAAGCAAAUCUUGAGAAUCAAGUCUUCUUUCUCAAACGUAAUGUUAGCCGAUGUAUGCGCAGGGUGGAUGAUAUUUAUUCACGAAUCGAAAAAUUGAACAUAAGACCAGUACCAGAUACCGUACAAUUUAUCGAAAAGAUUCGAUGGCCAUCAACAUUUGCAUUCGCCUUCUAUCUGAUUAUUUUCUGUUUGAUUCUCCUUUGCGGACUAGUCCGACAUUCACGAUGUACACUGAUCAUGUUUUCCGUAUUCGGUCUUUUGGCUUUAGUACUCGGUUGGGUUCUAUCAUCGCUCUAUCUUGGUUUAUUAGUCGCUGGUUCAGAUUUCUGUGCCGAACCGGAUGCAUUCUUGGAUGAUCGUUUCAGUAAUGAAGCUGAAAUGGCCAUUCUUGAUUAUUAUAUCCGCUGCCGUUUGCCCACUCAUCAACAGCAACAACCCAUCGGUUCUAAUCAUCCAUUUCGAGUGCAAACUCGAGCUUCAUUGAUUGCAUUAGAACAUAUGUCCGAAUUAAUUCGAGCAUUAGAAAUGCUGUGCAUUAGCUAUUGUAGUCCAGAUCAAAGUGUCGUACGACCUCAAAUCAAUUCAAUCGUACAACAUUUGAAUUCCACAGAAAGACUUCUCAAAUCUGUUCAAGCAUUACUCGAUUGUCGACGAAUACAUGAUGAUUUUGUUCACUCAAUGUCGGCAACAUGUAAAGAUCUGAUUGAAGGAUUUUUCUUGCUAUUGGUCACAUCAUCAGCCAUUGGACUUUUAUUUACAUUGUUGGUUCUUUGUGCAUCACAUACAUGGAUCCAUAUUCGUUCCGUACAAUCAAAUAGUACGACAAGUUUGAUUAGCGCUGGUCAAGCUGGAUCAUCCACUCUUUUGGGCCAAUUAGAUAAUGCGGAUGAAACUGAUCCGUUUCUACCACCAACUCCGCGAAAUAUUCUUACCAGUCAACAUCCUCAUCAUACAAUUUUGUCCAACAAUUCGACUAGUUCAUCAUUGACAAAUGCAUCGCUCAGUGGUAAACGUUUCCGCGAUUCAUACAGCAGUGCCUAUGGAACCACUGGACGCGGAAGAUUUAGCCACACUCCACCACAAACCCCACAUUUUACCACUUUGGGUGGUGGUGAAGGUGGUGUUAUGACCACCACAACGACAAUAAAUCCAGUCCAUCAACAUAGCCAAUCGACUCUUACACAUCAUGGAACGAUUGGCCGUAUUGUACCUCGUUCUGAAGAACAAUUAGCAUUUCUAAGUCCGCCACCUGCUUACGAUCAAUUAAAUCAACAGCAACUUCAACAACAGCAACAACAACAACAACAACAACAACAACAACAUCAUCAACACCAACAGCAGCAACAACAAUUGCAUUAUCAUCAUCAACAUCAGCUUUAUGGAACACAUCAUACUGGAACAUUACCACAUACACAUCAUCAUCAUCAUAGUCAUUUACCGGCUACAUCAUCCACAGCUACUCAGCAUCAAGCUCCUACGAUUGGACAUCACCCAAGUGCAAUUGGCCACUAUAUGGCUGAUCCAACCGCUGACUUAAUGAUGAGGGCACCGACACAGGCAACUAAAUUCUGAAUUAAACAAAUCAAACACACCCACACACACACGCACACGAAUGAACACACUCACAAAGGCAUAUGUUUGUCGAUUGGCAGUAAAUUUCUAAUGUGUUUUCCCUUUCUCUAUCUUUUUUUUUAUAUUAUUCAUCAAUUCUGCCAUGCUGAUUUCAAAUUUGUCAAAACAACCUAUCAACAGUAUUCAUCGUUCGGUCAUCCUUCAUAAAUGAACAAAACAAUGAUGUAUAACACAUGCCCGAUCCCUUAUUAUAUAUUCGUAAAUUUUUAUAUAUAGCCCAAACAAUUUAUCUAUGCAAACGCUCACACACACCCCCAUACACUCACUCUCCAAAUAAUUUGGAUGAAAGUAAAGGAUUGGACAACUGAUGAUUGUUGAUUGCUCAGUACCUAUUUGGGCCAUUUAUAAAUAAUUUUAUCUUAUUUUUGCCAACCAUUUAAUUUUUUUCUGUGAAAUUGCCAAAAAAUUAUGAAUGAUUUUUUUUGUGAGACAAUGACCCAAUUUGUUAUCCCUAUCUAAUGGUCUCAUCUACCUCUACCGGAAAACAUUGAUCACUGAUUAAACAAAAAAAAAUUAACUACACUGAUUUAACCUUACAAACUUGCAAAAAACAGACUAAUUAAUUUAUCAUCUCAUCAUAAGUCAAUGCUGUACAAAGGAAAAAUAAUGAAUACUCAUCAAAGGGAUCAAUUAAUAAAAUGUCCAAUCUCCAAAUUUUUUUUCAAUAUAAUCAUCCACCUAUGAAACUGACAAAUCAAUCAAUUGAUGCGAUGACCAGCGAACAACUUUAUCAUAAGAAUUUUCUUACAUUUUGCUCAUCAUCUCAAUUCAUAUUCACUCAUUACCGAAUAUGUCAUGUGACAUUUUUUAAACAAGAAUUUUAAUUUGAAGAAAGAUUGUUUUUAUUAUUGUAAAUAUAUCAUGAUUAUAUAACCACCGAUCAUCAUUAUCAUCAUAAUUUACUCGUGGAUCUUUUUAAAAAAUGAAUGAAUCAUAUUAUCAUAUGACAUUAGUGACAUUUUCUUGCACAUACUAUUACCAAACACAAACACAAAGAAAUAUACAAAAACAAACCUUAUAGCUAAAUUGUAAGUAUGAAUCGAUGUAUCAUUAUAAUCUAAAUAUAUUGGUAAAAUUGAAAACAAAGAAAAAAACAAUAAAUUAUUUCACAUAUUUA